AUGCCAGCAGCAGCAGCAGCAGCCUUCGGGGCCUGGCUCCUGGGCUGCGCCGUCCACCUGGCCUCAGCACCGCGCGGACGCCUGCAGGGACGGCGUGGGGCGCGGGAUGACCGGAGUGUGCGGUCCGGCACGGCGUCGGGGGAGCUGCGGGGCAAGAGGGGAGCUGUCAUUCCUCUCCGAGAAGCCGGUGCGCCAGCCUCCAGUGCCUUCUCCCAAGCCAAAGAAAUCCUCAUUUCCGGCGGCCAUGCGUGCAGGCCGCACUCGCAGCCCUGGCAGGCGGCGCUGUUCGACGGAAGUUUUUUGUUCUGCGGGGGCAUCCUGGUGCACCCGCAGUGGGUGCUGUCGGCGGCCCACUGCUUCCAGGAGUCCUACACCAUCGGGCUGGGCCUGCACAACCUCUCAGCCCAAGAACCGGGCAGCCAGAUGAUCGAAGCCAAGCUCUCCGUGCUCCACCCGGACUACGACAACCCCCAACUGGCCAAUGACCUCAUGCUCAUCAAGCUGAACAAGGCGGCCGUGGAAUCCGACACCGUCCACACCAUCCCCGUCGCCUCGCAGUGCCCGGUCCCCGGGACCAAAUGCUUGGUGUCCGGCUGGGGUCGCCUGUCGGACGGGAAUUUACCCCAGGUCCUGCAGUGUGCGACCAUCCCCGUGGUGUCCGAGCUGUUCUGCCGCAACUCCUUCCCCGGCCUGUACCACCCUAGCAUGUUCUGUGCGGGCGGCAGGGACAUCAGGGACUCUUGCCGGGGAGACUCUGGGGGCCCCCUGGUCUGCAACGGGACCCUGCAGGGCCUCGUGUCCUGGGGACCGACCCCGUGUGGCCAACUCAACCUACCAGGCGUCUACACCAACCUCUGUCUCUUCACUGAGUGGAUCCAGCGGAUCAUCCAGAACAAUUAACCACAGACGUGAAGUCCCGGCUGCUCCACUGCCCACCCAGCUCCCUGCUCGUGAGCCCGGGGAGGACAGCAGAAGGUGGUCCAAGUGCUUAGACCCCUGCGCCCACGUGGGAGACCUGGAGGAGCUCCGGGGUCCCGGCUGCAGCUGCUGCAGCCCUCGGGGAGUGUGUGUGU